GUUGAGGCACUCCUCCAGAUGCCCCAAGAUCCGGACGCGCCGGAUGGCGAUGGCGACACCGCCUUGCAGAACCUGGCCGCAGCCUUUGGUUGCAACGAGAGCUUGGAGCUGCUCCUUGAGGCCCGUGCAGAUGCGAGCCAAACCAAUGGCCAUGGCCUGACACCCCUUGUCGCUGCAGCGGCGAAUGGACGUUUGGGCACAACACGGUUGCUUUUGGAGGCCGGUGCCUCACCAAACCCGGAGGACAAGGACUGGGAAACUCCCCUCUUUGCAGCUGCACGCUCGGGGCACUGGGAGGUGGCAGAGCUCCUGCUCUGUUCCAAGGCAGAUUACGAGCAUACCACGAAGUCCGGCAUGACGGCCCUGGGACUGGCAGCACUGGGUGGCCACAGCGAUGUGGCUCGUUUGUUACUUGAGGCCCGGGUGGAGAUUGACCCGGUCGACGCUGCGGGCGAGACUCCUCUAUUCUAUGCUUCGCGCGACGGGCAAGGUGAUGUCGCAUGCUUGUUGCUGAAGGCCGGCGCAGACGCAGAUAGAGAGACGCCGGGAGGCCAAUUUCCCCUCCUAGCCGCUUGUGAAGGUGGCCACCUGGAUGUAGUCCACCUCCUACUGGAAGCGAAAUCGAUGCUUGACAGGACUGGGCCGGACCUUAAAACACCUCUCAUGGUCGCUUCCCGGUGCGGCUACACAGAGGUGGUAUCGCUGCUUCUGGAGCAGAGGGCGAGCACAAGUGCUACCGACAUCUUCGGAGAGUCUGCAUACCUGGCAGCAUGUCGGUCUCAGAAGCCUGAAGUCGUUCAGCUUUUCACUCGGACUGGCAUUCGUGACGACCCUUAA